AUGAAAAGUUUUGAUAUCGCUGACAAUGUCGAACAUAAUUGGAGAGAUAUCAGAGUCGUGGGAGAAAUAACCUCAUUAAACGAACUGGCAGCUGAUAAGAUCCAUCAGUUGAUGAGGUACAUGUGCAAAAUCUUCUAUUCGCAGCCGCUUCGUCGAUUUGCACAUGCGUUCUACCUGCACAACAAUUACAUGGAGCUCUGGAUUGCCGAUCGGGCAGGUGCAUAUAGCUCUGGUGAAAUAGACGUAUCGAAGAGCCAAAAAAUACUGGUCCGGGCAUCAUCUUCCUAUAUGCUCAUGCGUGACGAGGAUCUUGGAUUGGACCCAGUCACCAACUUCGAUAGUGACGGUCGAUAUUUCGUCACAGUUCCAAACAGCAAGGAAUCAGUGGAAAAAAUUGACGUGUACCCCUUACCUGUAGCUCGGCCAGAAACUAAAGUUUCGAGAGGAAACACGUGA